UCCUGCUGCUGUAGCCCCACAGGCUGUGGAAGCUCGCUGAGCAGGGGACCUCGGGACCUGACCCAACCACCGUCUAUGUUGAUAUGCGAGCUCUGAGACACGACAGAGUCCGCUUGGUGGAAAGAGGCUCUCCUCAUAGCUUGCCCCUCAUGGAAUCAGGAAAAAUACUUCCAGGGGUUCGGAUCAUAAUUGCCAAUCCAGAAACAAAAGGACCGUUGGGCGACUCCCACCUGGGUGAGAUCUGGGUUCACAGUGCCCACAAUGCCAGUGGUUAUUUCACCAUUUACGGAGAUGAGUCCCUGCAGUCAGACCACUUCAACUCAAGGUUAAGUUUUGGAGACACCCAGACGGUCUGGGCGCGGACAGGCUACUUGGGGUUCCUGCGGAGGACGGAGCUCACAGAUGCAAAUGGAGAGCGCCACGAUGCCCUGUAUGUGGUGGGGGCGCUGGACGAAGCGAUGGAGCUGCGGGGGAUGAGGUAUCACCCGAUAGACAUUGAGACCUCAGUCAUCAGAGCCCAUAAAAGCGUCACAGAAUGCGCUGUGUUCACCUGGACCAAUUUGUUGGUGGUGGUGGUUGAGCUUGAUGGGUCGGAGCAAGAAGCCUUGGACCUGGUCCCCUUAGUGACCAACGUGGUUCUCGAGGAGCACUACCUGGUGGUGGGGGUCGUGGUCGUGGUGGACAUCGGUGUCAUCCCCAUCAACUCCCGGGGAGAGAAGCAGCGUAUGCACCUGCGGGAUGGGUUUUUGGCAGACCAGCUAGAUCCCAUCUAUGUGGCCUACAACAUGUAGUCUCGUCUCUGGUCCCGUAGACUUUUCUAGGAAAGUAAACGUUUUUCUCAGUGUCACUCAAGUUUGCAGACAUGAGGGCCACAUUCGCCAGAAUGGAGCCUUUGUUCACGCGGUGGUGAGACUUUCCACAGCAGUCCUGAUUGGCAUGGGGGUGAAAUGUGAAAUGUGAAUUUACCACUGAAGUUUGCUCAGAAGGACUUUGGAUUACUGCCUUCAGUUUGUUGGAAAAACCCAUUUCAAAACUUUCUUUUCUUUUUUUUUUAAUUAUUGGAUAAUAAGUGCUUUCUUCGUAAAUGUGGUAUUUUGUUAAGCCAAAAUAGCAAUUAAAAAAAUAUUCUGCCCUCCAGAUGGGUUCUUUUAAACAAUUUAUGUAGUGUGACAAAGAAUUGUUUUCUCUGUUUAAUGUGUCAUGAAAUCUUAAUGACAUGGACCUUGUUACUAAUUUAAGCCAUUGCUAGAUUUCAUCCUUUUAGGAAAGUUUGUUGAGGUACGAGAAAACCUUCCAAAUAGCACCUUCCGAUUAGAUUUUAGCAGCUUUCUUUGUCAGAAAUGUGCUGGAUAAACAAAGGCUAACAUACGGCCUUUGAAGUUAGCAUAGAAUGAGAAGAAAUUAUAAAUAAGGUGUAUUUCGGCAACUCUCUUGCAGAUAUCUUUGUACUAAACUAAAAAGAUAAAAUAAGUUAACUUCUUCAUAUGUAAUUAUGUACAAAACGUUUAAUUUAUUUUGAUCUCUUUAGAAGUAUAAAAGAGAAAAACAUUCAAGAACAUUAAAGUCUUGUAAUGUUUGCUAAUAUAAAAAAGUGUUGUAUUAUCUUGCGUGGAUAGUAUCACAACAAAUAUAUAUAUAUGAAAUAUAAAUUCACUAAUGAACAAAGGAGAUUUUAAAGUUUAAAAUGCAGAACCUGUCACUUGCAUGGUGUCCCCUCCACUGUACUGUAGAUAAAGCGAGAUUCUCUCACACCCACUUUGCUGAUGCGAGCAAUCCCAGAUUGCCGGUAGCCCGGUCUAAAUGUUUCUUCUAGAACCAGAGACCAGCAAGUGAAAUUAUUGCCAUCUCGAAGUUGGGGAAGGAAUUUGAGGCGAAAUGUGCACUAUUUUCCCUUUGCUGCGGGGGCAACGGUGAGCGGUCUGUGCCAGUGUGUGCUUACGACACUGAGCGGACAUUAGGGAAGGCAGGUGCUGAGUAGCACUGCUCUCUUAGCUGCAAGAAAUCCUUGUUGUUCAUCCUUUUUGUUAAUGUCACCCUUUUUGGUCCUUGGUAUGAAAAGGAGUGCUUUUAUGGUCAUUUGCACCGGGUUGUGUUGAUUCCCCUCAGAUGGCAUUGUAUGGAGUGGACAGACUGUCCAGAACAGCUUUAAGGGAAAAGACUCACAUAGGAUACCGUCACCUCAGCCAGCUCUCUGGGGUUCCCCCGCCCAGAGCUCUGGGGCUCCACCCUCAUGAGCUGCCCCGGGACUCCUCACAGAGCCACUGGCUGGAGCGAGAAAGCCUCCCAGCUGCCUUCAUUUCACCACCUGUGGAUGACACGUUUCUGAUUUCCGUCUCUCGCUGCUGCUGCCGCCUCACACACCUUCCGAUUUCCACGUCUCAUCUGUACACUCCUCGAUCGAAAUGGCCCAUCUGUGUCCAGGCAAGAAGAGGUAUCCGCUGUCCAAGCGUGAUCUAUCUUAUAACUGCCCCAAUAUGACCCUGCAGUGGCUCUCGUUGCUAGAAAUGCAUGACCAAGAUUGUUGCUGGGCAAACCUUAGAGUCUCUUUUCAUCAUAUUGUAGGCAAUGUCUUCAUCUGCCUUUGCUGUAUGCGCCAGCAGUAAGCCCUUUGCUAAAAGAGUUUUGUUUGACUUCCGAGAUCCAAGGCUAAUUGUUUUUUAAAAAUUUUAAGUGGCAUUUUUUUUAAUUUGUCUGCAUGUGGGGUGCAUCCUUCCAUCUCCACAAAUUAUUUGAUUUUUAAGAUAUUGUUUGACUUCAUUGCUGUGUGUGAAUAUUCUCUACAUGCUUCAGAUACACAUUCCUACAGUCUUCUGCUUCCUAAAGGGGAAAAAACCCACCACACACAGAAAAAAAGAUGUUUUCUUACACACACCCACCUUGUUUAAGGGGAAGGAGGUUUAAGGUUUCCGGUAAGAUACUGACUAGGAAACACAGCUACGGGAUAACUUGUGAGGUCUAGCUGAUGUCGGAAGCAAACAACAAAUCAGGUAUCACUUCCAAUAUGACCUUCACCUUCACCAUGUCAGCUUCACGUGCAAGACGGGGCGGUUGUGAAAGUGGUUAGUGACGUCCUUGUCAUCUCUCAUGGUAGAGUUGAGAUCCAAAGGGUUGGGGGCUGGGAUCGAAGGUCAUUUGUGCAAGAAAAAGGAAAGGAAACCCGUUUCAGCAAUAAAGAAGGAUUGUUCUGUAUUAGAAAUUGUGCUGUAGAUAAAUCAUUCAUGAGAAUGUAACAAUGUUUGUCUUGUGACCUUGUGCUUUUGAAGUCAGACAAAACCGUGUAAUCAACUUGCACAAAGAAGGGUACACAAUGAACAUUGAAACACAGACCUAACCCAACAGGGCGGCUUCCUCAUGGUGCUUGUUUAUUAUAUAUAUUUAAUCCUGCUUGACACUUUACCCAAGGGAAACUGCCCCUUUUAUCAGUUGAAUGUUAGCAGCGUUAUUUCAUAGAGUGUGGUGACUGGUUAGAGAAAUUCAUGUACUCAACCAAUCACGGUUUCAAACAAAAUUUUUAUGUGCAAAGGACGGCAACCUUCUCGUAUGUUAAACCACCAGUAAGCUUUGUACAUCUGUGAUAACGCCUGUUUUAUAUUCAAAUGAACAAAUAAAAGCUUUUAUUUUUGUUGCUCUGAAAAUAGCAGUUUCUUAAUUGGUCCCCUGGAAAACUGUCUGGGACAGCUUCAAUCCCAGGAAGGAAGUGACUCCUGCAGGGAAAUAGGAAAUGUAUCUGACUCUGUUUACAUAAUUUGUUGCAUUACUUAUUAGUACAGAUAAAUCAUACUUUGAACAAUGUUUAAA